UCAGUGGUUUUAAAACAACAAAUGGUUGCUAACAAUAUAUUACGUACUCAUGCUCUUUGUGCCCGAAAGGGUAAGCAGAGUCAUAAGUUUAGUUUGUAGAUAUUACUCCCAUAUUAUUAUCGAAGCAUACUGAAGUCUAUGUAUGAGACCUAAGAGCGUUGCCAGCCGAUGGCCUAGAGGGGGUAAGUUGAUAUGGAGAAUGAGAAAAGUAUGAAUUGUGGGUAAAGUUGAGAGCACAUGUGCCUCGUCCACUCUCCCUCUCCCGCUUUAACAAUAACAUAGAACAGAGUGUAAUUGAGCGUACAGAAUAUUAGGAAUGGAAUCGGUGAAUUCAUUCGAGUUUUAGAACCUCUAUGCAGCUGCCUCUCCUGCCCCCCCUUGGCGACGCCCUUGAUGAGACCUAAUUUAUCACGAAAAAUAAGGAGCUAAGUAAAUACUUAUUUAAUGGAACUAUGUAAGUCAUCUAUUGUCAUGAUCAUUGUGCUAUAUGCAUAUGUAAGUACUUACUGAUAACAAAAUAAAUAAGUAAGCAAUAAAUGACAGCAUACUUUAUUGUUAUCAGCUCCCGGUAAAUACUUAUGUAUAGAAAAUGAACCGCGUAAAUUUUCCUUGUUUCUUGCGGUCAAAUUGAACGGAAUAAUAAAUGUUUAAAGCCUGAUAUCUAAAAAAAAUUAAAUGUGUGUUGUAGAUCUAAAAAUAAUUUGCGAAACGCCAUUUUAUUCAAUAUGUUUGCAAAUAUGAAGUUAUUCGAGAAUAAAACUGUGGUGCUGUUAAAUUGUUUAGCACUCGUCUUUGAACAUUGAAUUUGGUGUAAUACGCAUUUGAAGUUGUAAACACUUACCUCAACAGCCAACACAGCCGAACAGCUGUGUACAGUUGUAACAAGACAGCUAAAUACAAAAAAUAAUAUAAAUAAUGACCAUAGCCAACUGUACGAGUAGAAGCUUCAUCGUUCUUCUCACACUCUCAUGGAUAUCUAUAUCACAAGCCAUAGACUGCUUCAAAUGCGUGUCUAUGAACGGACGAUUCCCGGCCUGCGACGAUCCGUUCCACAACAACCAUUCGCUGCAGAUGCUGGAGUCCCCGUGCAUGGGGGGGAGGAAAGGCCGCGACGGACUCUUCCCCGCCACGUCGUGCAUCAAAAUAGCCGGCGUGUUUGACGACACGGGGGAGAGCAUUACGGUGCGCGGCUGCGGCCUGGACUCCGGCACGGCCACCACCGACACAGAGAUCAUCCGGAUGUCACACUGCGGAAGGUUCUAUUACAAUGAUAGAUACGUUCAUGGCUGCCUGCAGAGCUGCAACGAUGCUGACGCGUGUAACUCGGCGCCCGCAACCACAUUUACAUUCUUACUUUUAUCACCAUAUUUUACAUUUAUCUUUCUUCUAACACAAAUAUAUAAGAGCUAACAUAUAAUAGUGUAAGUUUGUACGUCCCAGUAUAGAUAGCGCGAUGAAUUUAAAAGCGCGGGAAAGCAAUCAAAUACGCAAAGCAAGUCAAAGCGGAUACGCGCAAUAUUUAUAUCGAUAGUAAGCUUCUAUCGGAAUUAUUACGUUCCAUACCUAAUAGAUCGCAUAUUUAGCAUAACGUUGAAAAAUGUCACGAAAAUUAUGCUACGUUAGGGAUUUUUUUAGGUACGGAACGUGUCCUGAUAGAAGUGUUAGAGCCUACUAUAGACACGUCGUUUUUUAAACAAGUUGAAGGCACGCGUAUUUAUAUGCGCGCUCUAAGUCAAGUUGUAAUACGCGCAUGUUAUACAGGAUCGUCUUGAUAUUGCAUUACUAAAUGACCACAAACGCGAACACCACGAACCACAUAGGUACUCGCCUCUAUAAAGUAAUACUUAACUUCAAGUUACUCCAACCGUAGAUAAAAUAAUAUUAGAAAAAAUAAACAAUAACAAAAAAAAAUUAACGUGCCUCAAAAUGAUUAUUACUUACAUAUUACUAUUAUUUAUUGGAGCGACUACAUUACUCUUACUCACAAACGCCAUAUUCACAAUAAACUAUAAAGUGAUAGAAAAGUCGAAAACGAAACUCGGGAUUUUUAGAGAAAAUAUUAAGUAUUUAUAGAUAAUCUCUGGCACUUUGUUAGCCAUCUUUGUGUCACUUACUAGCGUAUUAUUAAGAUGACCCUGUAUACAUUUUUAUAAAGAGGUAAAACUAUAUAUUUCUCUACUGCAUUGCAUUGCACAAUUAAGUUGCGUUCGAAAACUGUCUUAGCUGGUUUAAAAAACGUGUGCAUAGGGCUUGGGGAAACGCUUCCGAAUUUAUAUGGUGCUUCUCAAACCUCAAGUCUGAGCUGAUUUAUCACAAGCAUUGAAGCAGCGGUUUACGUGGUUUAUUUCGAUAGAAUACUAUACAGUAAGUCAUGUCUUUAAGAGCCUCUUCCAUGAUGUCUGCGUAAACGUUAUAAUAUCUUCGAAUAUAAUAUAGAGUGACCAAAUACAAAAGUAAUGCUCCUAAAUAAAUUAUAAACAGACGAGUGCACCCCGCAUUAAUUACCUUAUACUUUAAGUGACAGGUGAAAUAGGCUCUAAGUAUGUGUAUCUUUAUUUUCGCGAGCGUUUCCCUUGGACCCGUUACUGGCCUUCGUAGUGGCAAUGAUAACUUUUUAUAGUAACAAUUUAAAUGAAUCAUAUUUAUAUAUACACAUAUUUGCUCGUCGAUUCUGUUUCAUAGAAGCAGGAAAGUAUUUCGCUAGCUAAGACAUAACGGCCAUUUUGAACUGCUCGUGUAUGGCCGCCCUUAGAGAGAGAGACAGAAAGUGUAGCAUGUCAACAUAAAAGUUAUAAUUGUGUUACU